CUCGGGCCGGAGGGUGUGCGCAUGCGCGGACGCGGCGCGGGCCCGCGCGGGCCGGCCUCGACCCCUGUCGCACCUGAGGGUGACUGCGCACGCGUGGCUACUGAGUGGACGAACCUGGGCGCGAAGGUUACAGACGAUUCGUGAAAUGAGUGACUCUGAGGAUGAUGAUGUCCCCCGGCUGUCUUCCCACGCCUUAGCAGCCCUCCAGGAAUUUUAUUCUGAGCAGAAGCAGCAAAGCGACCCAGGCGGGGAUGAUAAAUAUAAUAUUGGAAUAAUAGAAGAGAACUGGCAGUUGAGCCAGUUUUGGUACAGCCAGGAGACCGCUGUGCGACUUGCCAAGGAAGCCAUCGCAGCCGCGGGGGAAUGUGGCAGAAUAGCCUGUGUGAGCGCCCCCAGUGUUUACCAGAAACUGAGAGAGCUACACAGAGAAGACUUUUCUGUAUACAUCUUUGAAUAUGACAAAAGAUUUGCUAUAUACGGAGAGGAGUUUAUCUUCUAUGAUUACAAUAAUCCAUUGGAUUUACCUGAAAAAAUUGCUGCACACAGUUUUGACAUCGUAGUAGCAGAUCCCCCCUAUCUCUCCGAGGAAUGUCUCAGGAAAACGUCAGAAACCAUCAAGUAUCUGACUCAGGGCAAGAUUCUGCUGUGCACAGGUGCCGUCAUGGAAGAAGAGGCAGCAAAACUUCUUGGCGUGAAGAUGUGCAAAUUUAUUCCAAAACACACCCGGACCUUGGGAAAUGAGUUUCGCUGUUAUGUGAAUUAUGAUUCUGGACUAGACCGUGAAAUCUCAGUGUAGAUAGUAACAUAACAGUAAAGGAUCCUAUGUGACGUUUCUCUCUCACUAUUUCCUUGGUAGAUUGAAAAGCUAUAACCUCCUCCUGUCCCCUAGAAUGGGGCUGGCUCUGGCCUGAUUUCCAAAAUAAAGAAUACAGCGUCUCAUCAUGACUUCCUUGUUGCCAGGGCUCGGGAUGCCUUUGCCAACUUGAGUCUGUGGAUUUGUCCUGGGAAGAAAUCUUAGAACCUGUCUAAAAUCUGCUCUCCUCACCUAAGUACAGGUUAAAGCCAAAGUACAGACAGCUUAGUGGCUUGGCCAAGGCCUGGAUUAGGACCCAGGCCUCUGCCUCAGGCCGUCUGCCCCCUUAACAGGCCCAUUCUGGCUCUACCCAAUGGGCUGCUGAUUCUUCUCGGCAGCUUUCCUGGGGCAUCGCAGGACUUGUGAAGGGGACCGUCAUCUGAUCUGCCCCUGAAGGAGAUACCACUUACCUCCGUGAAAGGAGGUGAUAAUUCUUGGAAGUAGUAUUAAUUCAUAAUCCUCGGAACUAGAGCCUUCUGGAUUUUUCCUUCUUGUCCCUAUUUAUGGAGGGAUGACAGGAGCGCAGCCCGGGUGCCGCACGCUCAGCACCCCCCCCCCCCCUUGCACCCUCAGCUAAAGCCACGUCAGCUGCUCCGAGCUGCCUGAGAAAGUGCCAUCAGCAAACCAAACACUAGAGCAAAAAGGAGGUGAGAAGUCUGCUGGCCUCUGUUGUGCUGCAGAAACUGCUCAUCAUGCAUCCGCAUCACAGAACAUGCCUCUUUAGCUACCCAAAGGAAUGAUUUGCUGAUGCCUGCGACUUGGAGGGAUUUCAAGGGCCUUGUGCUGAGUGAAGAAAGCCAGUCCCCAGAGGUUACCUCCUGUGUUUCCAUUUAUAUAACAACAUUCUUGAACGGAGAGCCGAUUGGUGGUCGGCAGAGGUUACGAUGGGGGUAGGGGGUGGGCGUGGCCGUAAAAGGGAGACCUUCAUGGAACUGGUCUGCGUCUUGACUGUGCAGCGGUGACACAAAACUCCGCAGACGGUGUCACGCAGAACACACGUGCACACGCACGCGUGCCACUGGUGAGCUCUGAGUCAGGUGUGUGGGCGGUACCGAUGCCCAUUCCCUGGCUGCGGUCCUGCGCUUGUGUAAGAUGUUACCACUGCGGAGAGCUGGGGAAAGGACGCACAAGACCUCUCUGUAGUAAUUCUGCAAUUUCCUGUGAAGUCAGAAUCAUUUGCAAAUAAAAACUUAAAAAAUAA